ACUGACUUCAUGCAGAGGAAACUAUGACGCAUCUGGGGUGGACGGAAACCCAACGCUCUCUCUCACUCUCUCUCCAGUCUUCUCCUCCCAUCGUCCAGUUCACACACGGUUCUCUCGGCACCUCUUUUUUGGGCCAAACGAAAAAGGAAAUGAGCCAAAAAGAAGCAACCAGAAAAAUCAAAAUCAAAUCAAUAACGGCACAGAAGGCCUCUGACGUAAAGGAUACGCUUGUGUUGACUCCGGCCGACGAGGGGUAGACCAUGCAUAUCCCUCGAAUAUAAAAAACCCUGUCCUGGUCACCCUUCGGAUGCAGAGUUCAUUUGAAACCAGUUCAAUCAUCAUUAGAAGAAGUAACAGCCUUCCUCGAGGACUAUCGGGUCGCAUCUGAUAUACAUACCGCCCUUUCUUCCCGGCUACUCUCUCUCUCUACCAGCAACUAUAGCAACUCCUUCAGAUUCUUAGCCGUCUACAGUCAAGAAUAUCCCAGCCAUGUUGCUCUCCACUACCGUGGCGCGUCCACUGCAGCUCCUCACUCGGUUCAUGCAAUGGUCCAGUGCAGUCAUCGUGAUGGGUAUCACCUCCUACUUCAUCCACCGGGGUCCUCGCGGUCAGCACAUCAUCUACCAUGAAGUUAUUUCCACCAUCUCAGUCGUGUUCUUCCUCCCGGCCUUCGUCUCGCCGUUCAUGCCCCAUGCCCUCAGCAAAUUCGUCUUGGCCAUCGACGUGAUCUUCUCCUACCUCUGGCUCACCUCCUUCAUCUUCGCCGCCCAAGACUACAACUGGCGCAACUGCAACGCCAACGCACCCCCGGGCGCCUCCUGCGCCCUGAAGAAAGCCAACGAGGCCUUCAUCUUCCUGACCUUCAUCUUCACCUUCUUCGCCAUUUUCCUCGAAGUCGGCGCCCUCUGGGCCUACCGCCGCGAGAACGCCGGCCCCAUCCGCGAGAAGAACACCGGUGGGGCCCACGGUGGGCCGGCCGAUGCCCCUGUCGCGGCUACCGUUUAAGCGGCUCGCUUUGUUGCCUGCAUAAAUGAUACUGCAAUUCGCCCGUUUCGAUCGCCUGCGUGUUUGGUCUCGGUGUAGCUGGUCGGUUUUAGGACUGGCUGCUGCUGUUGCUGCUGCUGCUGCUGCUCCGGCCCGGGUCCGUCGAGACGGACGAGAGCUCUCGACCUUAUGAUACCAUGUUUUACUUACUACCUACGAACUACUACUACUUAAUAUUGAUGUGCAUAUGUGCAUGACGCUGGAUUGAUGGGUUGAUGGUAAUGGUUUAUGAUGAUGAGUGGGCGGAAGCGGAGUUGUGAGUGAUGUGAAGUAUAUAGAUGGGGAUGGUGGAUGGAUGGAU